GUAUACUCCUUUGCGCCUUAUGGAAGUGACGUCAAGCUGUCAACAUGUAAGAUGGCGACUCUUCACAGGCAAAAUGCUGCUGGGCGGAGAAAAGUCCAGGUAUCCUAUGUGAUUAGGGAUGAGGUGGAGAAGUAUAACCGCAAUGGGGUGAACGCUCUGCAGCUCGACCCGGCCUUGAACCGCCUCUUCACGGCUGGCCGAGACUCCAUUAUUAGGAUAUGGAGCGUCAACCAGCACAAGCAGGACCCGUACAUUGCGUCUAUGGAACACCACACAGAUUGGGUCAAUGACAUCGUCCUCUGUUGCAAUGGGAAGACAUUGAUAUCUGCUUCCUCAGACACCACAGUGAAAGUCUGGAAUGCGCAUAAGGGAUUCUGCAUGUCCACAUUGCGAACACAUAAGGACUAUGUCAAAGCAUUAGCCUAUGCUAAAGACAAGGAACUGGUGGCCUCAGCAGGGCUGGACAGACAGAUCUUUCUAUGGGACGUCAACACACUAACGGCACUGACCGCCUCCAAUAAUACUGUCACCACCUCCUCACUGAGUGGGAACAAAGACUCCAUCUACAGUCUGGCUAUGAAUCAGAUGGGCACCGUCAUUGUGUCAGGGUCCACUGAAAAGAGUGAAUGUGUCCUGCUACAGGUGCUGAGAGUUUGGGAUCCUCGAACCUGUGCCAAGCUGAUGAAGUUGAAAGGCCACACAGACAACGUUAAAUCAUUACUGCUGAACAGGGAUGGCACUCAGUGUCUCUCGGGCAGCUCAGACGGGACCAUCCGUCUGUGGUCGCUGGGGCAGCAGCGGUGCAUCGCUACCUACCGGGUGCACGAUGAGGGCGUGUGGGCCCUGCAGGUCAACGAAGCCUUCACGCAUGUCUACUCCGGCGGACGCGACCGCAAGAUCUACUGCACCGACCUGAGGAAUCCAGACCUCCGCGUUCUCAUCUGUGAGGAGAAAGCCCCAGUCCUCAAGAUGGAGCUGGACCGCUCGGCAGACCCCCCCACGGCCCUCUGGGUCUCCACCACCAAGUCCACCGUCAACAAAUGGUCUCUGAAGGGCAUUCAUAAUUUCCGAGCAUCUGGCGAUUACGACAACGACUGCACUGCUCCCCUGACGCCUCUCUGUACUCAACCCGAGCAGGUCGUUACAGGGGGAGCCAGCAUUAUCCAGUGCCACAUUCUGAAUGACAAGAGACACAUACUAACCAAAGACACCAACAACAACAUUGCAUACUGGGAUGUUUUAAAGGCGUGUAAAGGGGAAGACCUGGGAAAGAUGGAGUUUGACGAAGAGAUUAAAAAGAGGUUCAAAAUGGUCUAUGUGCCAAACUGGUUCUCAGUGGAUCUUAAAACUGGGAUGUUGACCAUCACGCUGGAUGAGAGCGAUUGCUUUGCUGCAUGGGUGUCAGCCAAGGAUGCAGGCUUCUCCAGUCCUGAUGGGUCUGACCCCAAGUUGAACCUGGGUGGACUGCUGCUGCAGGCCUUACUGGAGUAUUGGCCCCGAACCCACAUCAACCCCAUGGAUGAAGAGACAGAGAUGAACCACAUGAACGGGGAGCAUGAGAGCAGGAUACAGAAAGGUAACGGCUACUUCCAUGUUCCCCCUCACACGCCAGUCAUCUUUGGAGAGGCAGGGGGAAGGACCUUGUUCAGGUUGUUGUGUCGAGACUCUGGUGGGGAGACUGAGUCCAUGUUGCUCAACGAGACCGUGCCACAGUGGGUCAUCGACAUCACUGUGGAUAAAAACAUGCCCAAAUUCAACAAAAUCCCCUUCUACCUCCAGCCUCAUUCUUCUUCUGGUGCAAAAACCUUAAAGAAGGACCGCCUGUCGGCCAGCGACAUGCUCCAGGUGAGGAAGGUGAUGGAGCACGUAUACGAGAAGAUCAUCAACCUGGACAACGAGUCUCAGACGGGGGCCUCGGGGAACAACGACAAGCCCAGCGAGCAGAAGGAGGAGGAGGACGUGGCCGUGCUGGCCGAGGAGAAGAUUGAGCUGCUCUGUCAGGACCAGGUAUUGGAUCCCAACAUGGACCUGCGGACCGUCAAGCAUUUUAUCUGGAAGAGCGGUGGAGACCUAACCCUUCACUACCGGCAGAAGUCCACGUGAGGUCGCCGGUGUCGGCGAAGAAGGCUCAUCUUCUGCUAGCCUGCCCUCCUCUUCCUCCUCCUUUCUUCUUCCUCUGGCACCAAACCUGGACUGUUCAACUCAUCCCACCAGAUCCAUGUGUUAGUAACACAAACCUUUGCUCAACGACUCCUUAUGAGAUCUUAUAAGAGGCCACAACACCUUAAUAACCCCUCAAAAAGGUCCGUAGCCUGAGCGUCACACAAAAUCAACGUUCUACACCCAGCCAUGUAGAGAGGCGUGACAACACCCAAGGAGAAAGGCGAGAAACAAUUGUUGCUGUGUACACUGUACAGUGAAUGGACUGAGGAAUAUUCCAGGGCAUUUUAAGGUUUUUGUCAUUUAGGUUUAUUUUUAUUCAAUGUCUUUGCCUCCUUUUGUUUACCCCCCCUUAUUAGUAAGAAAUGUGUUUUAUUGCAAUGCCCAUCUUCAGAGAGCGAAGGCGUGCCCUUUCAUCUUGAGAAAGUCGCUAUGCUUGGGGUUUCACUUUGUGACCUGAUUAGUAGAUUGCACACGUUUCUUUCUUUCUUCUUUUUUCUCUCCCCCUAUACAUUCCAGGAACACGCUUGGUUUCCAACCACCUAUCACUACCCUUCAUCCCAAUCCAUGUUUAGGAAACGGUUAAUUGAGGAAGAUUUUCUGGAUUGUCAGGCGACCAAUCAAGGACUUGACAGAAUGUCAAGACAUGACUCUAUAGUAUGCAUGUGUGAUAUCCUUCAUUUUCCUCAGUUUGGCAACUGACUGAUGUAUUGAAGGAGCCUGGGUGAAGUUUUUCUCUCACCAAAUGGACACAUACAAGGACACAUCCCCCAAACUGAAUCUCUUUAGCUUACGAACGCUGAUAUUAAAUUACUGACCCUAUCUUUCUUUUUGUAAAUAGACUGUCAUUAUUUUGUAGGCAACUUGGCACAAGUUGUACACCUCAUCAGGAACAUUUUAUUUUUAUUUUUUUGAGAACCCUGUUAUUUUCAAAAGGUUGCUUUCUCAUGUUAAAAAGAGGAAAGAAAAACCACAUGUCAGAAGCAACGUAUAUGUACGACUAAAGGAUCUCACCCACGGAAUCAGGAUGUUUAUAGGCUACUGUUCUGUAUUUGAGAGGAAAGCUACAUUUGUUGUCAUUGGCAUUACCCAUGACAGUCUGCAGCUAAAUCUACUUUAAAUACAAUGACGAAGGUCUAGGGGGAGAUAUUCUUGAGGGAAGUGGAGGGAAUCACAACUUUUUAUUUUAUUUAUGCAAACAAAAUGAAGACUGUGCUCUACAACUCUAAAUUGAUUACUCCAACAAUGUGAAUUGCACAGUGCUAUAGCAAAUGUAUAAUAAUAAAUCAUUUAUUUGGUUUUAGUUGAAAUAAGCUUUGUCUGGUUGUUGAAAAAGCUCUACAUGAAAAAAGCUACUACAGAAUUAUAUGCUUCCAUAUCCACAACCCCUGUGCUCCCACGUGUUGAUGCAAUUAAAUGUAGUAUAUUUUGGGUAAAUAAGUGCUUAAUAAAUUAACCAACAUGACAACGAGAAUAAAAUGCUUUUGAAUUUCA